UCUGGGAAUCUGCUGGCUCCUCGGCACACUCUAACUGAACUUCAGUCAGGACUUUACAGGAGUUAAAAGAGACUGAGCUGACACAAAAUGAGAGGACUUGUUGUCUUGGUAACUUUGGCGUGCUUUGCCACAGCUCAGCACCAAGCACUGAUUGACUACUUGGAGCGGAGGCUGCUUGCUAUUGAGGACAGGAUAUCUCUGUGGCACGAGCAGACCACCCGCUAUGCCUCCGAGCUGCGGGAGCUGAAGCAGCAGAUGGUUUCCCAGCUGGAGAACCUGGACAAAGAAAAAGAGGCACUGAGGAUGAAUAUAGACAGCGUGGGGACCAGGGUGGACCGGGUCGAGCGGGAAUUAGACUAUCUGGAGACACAGAAUGGGGCUCAGCCGUGUGUGGAUGUGGACGACAAGCUAAUAGAGCAGCAGGUGACUGGGGUGAAGGAGAAACAGAAGUCCAAAUAUUCACAACUCUCAGACUGCAGCGACAUGAUCUCCAGCAUAAAAGCCAUGAAGAUAUUGAAGAGAGUCGGAGGGCAAAAGGGCACCUGGACUAAAGACACCAACAGGGCCUCUGGGAAGGUCUACAUUUUUAACGGGACGGAAGACGACAUCAUCCACGCGUUUGCCUCUGUGCAAGACUUCACCCGCUCGUCGGGCAUGUCUCUGUCCAGUACACUGAAGCUGCCGUCAGCCUGGAGGGGAACAGGCCACGUGGUCUACAACAACUACGUGUAUUACAUGAGUCAGGCUGACGAGUUAAAGGUGGUUAAACAUGACCUGCAGAAUAACUCUCUGACAGACAGCGCAGUGUUUCCAGUGCAGGACCAUGUCCCCGUGUACGGUCUGACCCCAGAGACGGUGAUAGACCUGGCUGUGGAUGAGGAAGGCCUGUGGGCCAUUUACGCCACACAGCAGAAUGAAAGGUACAUCUCUCUGGCUAAAAUGGACACCAGCUCACUGGAUAUUGAGCAGAUGUGGGACACAAAUUGUCCCAGAGAGAAUGCAGAGGCGGCCUUUGUCAUCUGUGGCACUCUGUAUGUGGUGUACAACACCAAGCAGCCUGGACGCUCACGAGUACAGUGUGUGUUCGACGUCAACGACAUGGUGACCAGUGAAGAUGCACCGCUGGUUUACUUUCCAAAACGCUACGGAUCUCACUCAAGUCUGAAGUACAAUCCCCACGAGAAGCUGCUCUACGCCUGGGAUGAUGGCUACCAGAUCCUGUACAAGCUUACCAUGAAGAAGAAACUAGAGAUCUGAGCUUCUCUAAACAGCCCUAACGCUGUAUUCUGAGAAGUUUUAGCUUCUAAACUACAGAUGGGGUCUCAAAACUAACGAUUUUGUAGAAUUUAAGAUCAUUUCUCGCCUUCAGGGAGUUUCAGAACAGCUUAAAUAUAAAAUCUUGGACUCUAACAUUGUAACCCACUUCUCAAAAAAACCUGGAAAUUGCAAUAACACAACAUUUACUGUAGGGACUGUGAGGCAGGACACAAACCUAAGAAAGGAACAAGAGUCUGUGAUAAUUCUUUCGUGCUACAUAGAAAUGAAUAAGAAGUGACAAAGCCUCAUUACAACAAAAAGGAAAUGUGAGUGGUUCCCCAAGUGUUGGCCAUCGCACCCUGGUGGGCAGUUAAGGUACUGCUGGUGGGCCACAAUAUGAUAUUUACAAAGUUAAAUGGUUAAAAAGCAAGACCAGAAAAAUAAAUCUGAGAAUAUGAAGUGAAGAAAAUACUUCUCAACCUUUAUUGUCCACAAUACAUAGAUGGAUGGAUGCAUCAUAAUUUUCUUUUCACACAUUCAGAACUAAUUUCAAAAUGCUCAGAUUUAUUUUGUGCCGUCUGGUGUUUUGUGGCUACCUUAACCCCACUUCUAAUGAGACUACAGUGCUUCGAUCUUUACAGUUGUUUCUCCAUCUGCUGUUGAGUGGACUGAAACAGAUAUACUGUACCUACCCAUGAUUAGCUGCUGUCUAAGUUUCUGCAGUGGCUCCAGGCACUUUUGUGUGUUCACAGAUAUGAGGCAAAUAUUCAACACAUCCUUUUAAUAGCACAAAACCUCUGUCAAACCUGCCACUUUUAUACUUGAUAUUUGUCAUAUCAACAUGACUCUUUAUACCCUAAGUGCUUCUCAACUGAAUCCAGUUUCUUGAACCUUACUUCUCAGCUCAUUUGCAGUGACUCCAUUGGAUUUUAACAUAAAUUUUGUGUAGCAUUCACAGUAAUCUUGUCCGUACUAGUAAAUACACAACAUUAAUUACACCCUAGGAAAUGUUAUCUUUUGUAGCUCGUUAAUUUAAUAUUUUUUAGUGUUCAGAUUUAUAUCAUAAGCACUGUUAACAUAAAAUACAACCACUGUGUAAGGUGAGCUGAGAAAUGUAACUCAGACAUUAGGAUACUGUAUGUGCAAGAAACCGCUAGCAGGCUAGCACUCAUGUGUUUUCCCCUGUGCAUCAUCUGCACUCUUCCCACAUGUUGAGCACAUGUGUAUUUUCUGAGUUUUUUGCUAAAUACCACCCAAAAAAUGAGCAAACAGCACCACUAUUGAGAUUACUCCUCUCUGAUGUUUAUUAAUUUAUAUCUGAACAUAACAUUCUCACUGCCAUUUCUUCUCCACUUAUAUCUUUUUUCCCCACUAUCAUCAUUUUUUUCCUAAUAACUGUUCAUUAUAAAAAUAAAUGGCAGACUAACCAUUUUAAACAAGGCUGUCAGUGUUUUUCUAUGUACAGUAUAUAAAGAUUGAUAUAGAAAUAUUCAAGCUUCCAUGUAAGAUUUGACUCUGCUAUACAGUUGCUGCAUCGAGCGAUGUGGAGCGUUAUCCUGCUGGAAACGGCCAUCAGAAGCUGGGUACACUGUGGUCAUAAUGAGAUAGACCACAGACAUAGACAUCAAAUGGUGUGAAAAUAAUAGUGGUUGUUCAAUAUUAUGUUAUUCAUGAUUAUAAUAAAUCUGAAGAA